GAGAAAUUAUGCCACCAAGCGAAAUUGUCUCUAGUUUGCUAGAGUGACAAUUAGUGUGAUGGGCUGCUGCUCUAUACCAUUACCAUCAGGCCAGAAGAGGAAGAGGAGAAGUUUCAUGAAUCAGAGGUCUGUUGGCUAAGUUGAAAGAAGAAUUUGUGUUGGUGUCAAAAAUCACUGGCUAGUGAAUCCGGAACGAAGUGUUUGUGUGAAUCGGUUUUAAUUCAUCAUCUAGAUCGGUGUGUUGUAGGGUCUGCCUACGGAACUAUGUCCAAGUGUUUCUUCAUUUGCGUUUUAAUUCGCUUUAUCUAGCUGUAAGCGGCAAUUGGAAAUUCCAACAGGAAUUGCGGAAGUACGGUGUUGUAAAAAAGGUCCUACCAAGAGAAGAGAAAAAACGUGUAAUAAAUUCUUGCUAUCAAGCUGUGGUUUCUUUAUUUCCCCAGUGCAGCAGCAGUAGGCGCUGUGAUGAUUCAGUGAUGAAACAGAGCGAAACAACUGCGAUCACACGACGUCAGUAAACUGCAGUGUAGUGCAAGGCCUUCUAUGUUUUCCAGCAUGCUGAAAAAGGUGGAUCAGCAGAAGAAGAAUGCGGUGCGGCGGUUGUGUGGUUGAGCGAAAGUGGUUCGGUGAACUGGGAUUAGGCGGAUUGACUUGUCAAGUGGGCUGGUUGGUUGAAGAUUAACAACUACCACUAAAGCUCCGACUGCUUAGAAAUGCAGAACAGUGCUAACGUGUUGCACGAUGUAGUCACUGUUGAUGGUUCUAAUCCCACGGAAAUUAGUUAUAGCAACGAUAUCGAUCGGUCCAGUGCCAGUGCGGCGGAUGUUGGCGGAUGUGUCAGAAAUAAGCAACUGCUCGGCCUGUUCGGUGGUGACAAAAAUAUUCGGCCCGCUUCCUUGCCAAUUAAAAAAUGUUUUAACUAUACAGAGGAUGGUAAUGGUAGUGGUAAAUUGGAUACAGAGUGCGAUUUAAACUCGUCGUCGUCGUCGCGAGAGCUGAAUCAGUCGUCGCAAGUCGCAGAGGCGGCAUUCCUCAGUCCAAGCGAAGGUCAAUUUUGGAAACGCUACGCUGAGGUUUCCAAGUUUCGCAAAGACUACAACGGCGAAGAAUGUUCCACGACAAAGAAUCGUCGAAGGUCAGACACAUCGUUCAUGUUAGCGAAACAGCGAUUAUCUUCGUUCAGUCUCGGUGGUCAGGGAGCGGCUAGUGCGGAGACAAUGGAUGACGAUUUAGCACCCCUUCUGCCCAGCAAGAGAGAACUAUCGCAGGAGGAUCUCUAUCAAUCACAAACCUCAUUGGUGUCGAGUUCCGAGGGAGGAAUCCUGGCGGAAGGUGAAGAAACGUCCAGCGAAUCUCAAGUGUCCGAUAACUCGCGCAGUCCGGCAUGCGUGCUGGGGCUGGUCGAACGGCUGCUACGAACCCAUCCAGUAUGGUUUCUGCCGGGCAUUCAACGUUCCGGAGCCGUUCACCUGCUGCAGGGCAAAGAAGAAGGGAACUUCAUCGUGCGCGGUUCGAGUCAGUCCAAAACGAUGGCCGUUUCCGUACGGCUUCCGGCGGAAUGUGGACCGUACAUCGAGCACUACUUGAUCCAAUCGAACGAAGGCUUACUGAGCCUGGAGAGUUCGAGAUUUAAGUUCGACUCCAUUCCUUCGCUGAUCGCUCACUAUUCGCAGUGCUGUGAUGAACUUCCGGUUCAGUUAUGUCUUCCGAAGGCACUGCGAGAAGCGAAGAAUCGGCAGCAACUGUCGUCUCUGGCUCUGCUGGGCCAGGAAUUUUGGCGCUAUCCGAUGGCAUCGCCCAAACCGAAAACUCUCCUGUCGGCCAAUUCUAGUCAUUUGAACACUCCUUCCGAUGCAACCCACUCGAGUGGCAUCGGACUUACAUUUAAUAAUCGGACCGCUCCGAGUUUCAAUACGUUCGGUCACGAAAGCAAUUCGAAUCUUUUGGCCCCUGGCGAAACGCCAACGGAUACGAUUUCGACCUUGAGUAGCUUCACCGUUGGUCACGGUCAGCAGUUGCUGAGUCCAGAAUCGAUUGACAGUGCAGUCGUGUGUUCGCCAACGGAUCCGAACCAAACGGGAAUCAUUGGAAAGACGAGCACUUUUAAGUCGAGACGGCCACUUCCGUCACCGACGGUGACCACCACUUCGUACGAUGUCGAAAAGCAAAUAGAGAUUUUGAACGCAAAUCUGAUGGCGAAUAACAAUAGUAACACCAGUAGCAGCAGCCAUGAUUCGAAGCUAAACGAAUCGGCCGGUUCGAGCAGUACUCUCGAACGGCAGUUGAAAACUCCGCGGCCUACGCCGCCGAACACGCUGAAUAUAAAACCGAUACGGAGUCCACCAGCGCCUCCGGCGCGUCGCCUAAAGCCACCAAGCAGCAGUGUAAUAAGCACUCCUAACGAUUCCAAUCCAGCAUUUUCCAAUAAUAUCACGGUAACGACAACGGUUACUUUCAGUGUUGACAAUCACACCAAUGCACAAAUCAUCGAACUGGUUUCACCGAACGAGGGAAACUCCAAUUUUACAACGUUUCAGACUACGUCGAAGCGGCUCCCGCCGGACGGUGAGUGUCACAUUCCAUGCACGCUGGCGGCAAAGGCGCAGGAUACCGUUUCCGAUUCCGAUGGUAAUUUCCUGCAGUCGCCAUCGCUCGGGCACCACGGAAAUAACAACAACAAUGGUUUUUCGUUCCGAAAGAACGGCAAAGCGGACGCGAACUCUUCGGCUGUCAUUCACGGCAGCACCCGAACCAGUAGAAGAAGCAAGCGGAAGGAGUCGAAGCACUAUCAGGAAUCGGAUAUCCUUGAGUCACCGUCUGUGUACUGUCGAAGCAAUCUGGGAGAUAAGAUUAGUGAUUACGAAGACAUAUGGACUCAGGAUAACAAUGGCAACACAACCCUCAUUAAGUUGGACAAAAUGUCCACAUUUAAACCAGCUUUGGAAAAACCAGCGGACCUUCUGUCACCAGGUAUGGUUAGCCACGAGCAGUUCAAUCAGCAAUCGCUGACCGAACCCCCGACCCCGUACAACCCCAACUUUCACGAGCACUCGAAGAGCUCGCUGAUGGCUUCGUUCAGCACGGAAAACGUGAUCCAGCUGCGUCAGCACCGAGAUGCGAGCAGCGAUCGCAGUACGCCUACCGAGCUGCAGCACCGCAAUGUACUGAAAACAUUCUCACCCACUCCGACACCGACGGUGCAGGAGAAACCGCUCGUCAAUCCAAUGCUGGAGCCCCGCUACCGGAUGGGACUGUGCUUUCCGAACGUGGUCGUUAACCGGGCCGAGUUUGGCGUGGUUGAUGCUAUCGGAAGCAGCCGUACUGGAACGCCACCGUUGCACAGUGGCAGCACCAGUAAGCAGGAUAGUCCCUUUUACGCCGAUCCCGCUGAUGUGCUGAAUGGAAUCGUUCGAAGAAGCCCGUUCCUUAGAUCGGUCGCCCUUGCCAGCAACCAGAGGCACUCGGAACCACCGAAGCAGCUGCUUUCGUCCGGUUUUGGUGCCCAGUCGCCACUGAUGUGGUCCUCGCCGGAACAGGAUGCCAAACAGAAGAACCAUUUCGCCGCGUCACUGGACGAGCUGCAAAAUGCUCGAAGUGGCACGGCGCAUCCGCUCCGGUACGGUACGGACCGGCUGGCCGAACGCUUCGAGCGUCUUUCGCUGGAGCAGACGGAAAACAACGACUAUGAUAACGACCUGCGCUGGCUGGGCGAGCAAACAAGUAAGCAGCCAGCAGAACCAACGGGCCUGAUGAUGAUGAGUCAAUAUCAGCCGUCUUCGUCGUCGUCGAAGAAUGUGAUAAUGGCAUCAUCCCAGGCAUGCCAGGAAAACAGUAGCAAUAGCAGCAGUAACAAUAGCAACAGCCAAAAUCCUUACCAUCUGAACCGCGCGGUAACGGUUCACCAGAUAAUUGCCAAUCGAUUGCCACAUCUUGAUUUGCCGGAGAUUCCGGCAAAUAAUCAAAACCCCAGCUCGACUGAAGCAGCAAGAGGAGCCGUUGAAAAUGGUGGGGCAGGUACCCUGACCAGAACCCAACGCAAAUCGGCAUAUGAUAAUGUGGAAAAGCAAAACGUCGCUUAUGCUACAUCCCUUCUAAAUAGUGCUCAAUCCGACGAUGGAACCGUAUUCUCCGAACCGUGGGAUAGUUCUCAAUGGGAAAGUUUUCUACCUCAAGACAGCACCAAUGUUGACACGAUGCCCAUGGGCGAGGCGAAUAGCUACCAACCGGGUAGCAAAUUGUGCGGCCAGGAUCGGUACGGAUCGCGAACCGAUCUGACCGGUAGCUACAGCAGCCUUUCGCUGCGGCGGGACGCCCGGGCAGCGACGGCGAAAAAGUACAGCAAUUUGUCGUCGCAAUCGCAGAAGAUUGCUACCAUUUUGCGCUCGAGAAGCUGCCGGGACCGAGAGAUACUCUGCCACCCGCGCAACAAGACCGUCUUCAGCGGACCGGGCGAAAGCAUCGGUAUGUACGCGCUGUCGCUGGCGGACGACACGGAGUCGACGUUUUCCCGCAACAUUUCCAACUUCAUCUUCUGCACCAAGGAGUCGAAGGCCGCACCGCAGGUUGUGAUGCGCAACAUGCGCCAGUUCAUGAGCGGCAUGAAGAACUAUCUGGUCAAGCACGGCGAGGGUGAGUUCGCCAACGAGGUCCAGAAGGCCCGCUCGCAGCUCAAGUCGGACGAAUUUCUCAACCUGGACUCGAUCCUGGAGGAGGUGAUGCACCGGUUGGUGAUCCUACCGCUGCGGGAGCAUCUGUACGGGUUGUUUGUCGAUUACUACACCCAAUCGGGUGACAUUCAGCUGCUGGUGGAGAAGGUGAAACAGACGGCCGGCCGCGGGCCGAUGGUGUUUGGGAUUAAGAACACCGUAACUCCGCCGAGUGCCAGCGCAAUGCGUCAGAUUUCCACCCUCUUCGUGCGGCUGCAGGAAGCGGAACUCCCGCUGGAGAAGCUCGAUCUGCUGCUGACGGCUGUGUCGACUAUUUUCGAGGCGACCAGCUGUGCCAACGGCCAGCAGCUGAGUGCGGAUGAUUUCUUGCCAGUAUUAGUGCUAGUGGUUGCCCACUGCGGCUUCAUUGGAGCCGAAAUUGAGGCCGAGUACAUGUGGGGCCUGAUCCAACCGUCGCUGCUGAGCGGAGAAGCUGGCUACUACCUGACGGCACUGUGCAGUGCCGUUCACGUGCUGAAGAACUUCUCCCUGCAGGAACACGACGGCAUGUCCGGUUCGCUGGAGUGGACAUCGUCAACCCUCCCGGAAUGUUCCUCGGUGCUACGGGUCAUCAUACCGGACGAGUACAACGGCUCGAUUCAAACGCGAACCCUCCCGAUUAGACCGCAUACAACGACGCGAGAAGUUUGUCGGAUCAUUGCCCACAAGGCACGGAUCACCAACGCUCAAGACUAUGGACUGUUUAAGCUAAUCGACGGGGAAGAAACCCUACUUCAGGACAACGAAUGUCCGCAGGACGUGCGCAUGGCCGCCUGCGGUAGGCACUGCAUGAUUGCCUACAAGCGGGUGGACGCGAAAAUCGCCUGGCCUACCGUGAUGCCGCCGACGUCGACGGGCACGACAACGACGUCGACGACGACCACCACAAUGACGACGAUGACGAUGACUGAUACCAAUAAUCAAUAGCGUUAUGAAAAUAGGUUUUUUCAAAAUAUACACUUUAUUUAUUGCAAUUCUACCUAUCGCAGCAGGCUACUACCAGACUAGAGCAAGGUUUCGUACGUAAAAAAAAAAACAAGAAAGAAAAACAAUAGCUGUUUUGAAACUGUGACAAAUAAGCUCCUGAUGCGUUUAUAUAUAUACAGACACCCUCACACACACACACACACACCACACAUAUAUGUAUGUAUGAUUUUUUAUUUUGCUGGCACUAAAAACAAAAACUAAACUGAUAAUUUAAAUAGGUAAGAAUAGCUUUUCACUGCUAGUAGAGCGCAGAUGUAUGACUGCGAAUGACAUUCUGCUCGUAAAAUCAAUCAAUUAAGUUAAGCAAUCUCGUUCGUAUUAGUAUCUAGCUAGAUAGAGAGAGAGAGAGAGUGAGUGGUAUCCAACGGUUGUUUUUGUUGGAUCCAUCCGAUUCCGUUCUCGGUGUGACGACUGAUUUGUACUGUGCUGUACUGUGAAAGCGGCUUCCAAGUUUUAAAUCAAUGAACGCGGCAAACGCGAACGAACGGUAGUGAAGAAGGCAAAAAAAGGUGUGCGAAACGAAAUGGGAAAGUUGCGUUUGUGAAACGGGAACGGAAAUGUUUGGGGGAACUAUUAAAGACAUUUGAAUCGAGUACGGCUUGGUACGUAUCAAAGAAACAGCUGAUUUGUGUGUUGUUAGUGAAAAAUGGCUCUACAUCGACGUCAAAUGUAUUCAAUGGGAAAGGAGUGAAAUAAGUAGUAAAGGUUAGUAUUUUUCAAUGAAAUGAGAUUUUUAAGGGUUUUUUUGUCAUCGUUUCUGUUUAAAUUGAUGAAAAAAGAGCCGAAAUAAAAACUUUAUCUUUACGAACACAUGAAAUGUUCAAUUUGGCUGGAUAGCCAAUGUUUGCCAUUGGUAUUUUAACCAUCUUGUGCACAACUGACAAAGGCGUCGUUACAGCGACAGGCUACCAGUGCCAGCUUCCGUUUUCUCUCUGAUUCAGCUAGACGAGUCUAGUAGGAGUCGGUAACGUAAUCGACGACCUAUAUCGGGAUUACCGAUCCUCGGUGGUCGCCUACCCGGCAUUCUCGUUACAUGUGCUGUGCAUCCCACUGCUGCAUGUCGAGUCUUAUUCGGCUAAAUCUGCAGGUUGAUACCCCUGAGGCCACACUCCAUUUUCCAGCUUACGGCUCUGGACUUCAAUUUUUGAUAGCUUUAGUUUUGAGGGGUCAUUCCCAUAUUUCUCCCCAGUCCCGCACUUAGGGAUGGUUUUACAUCAGGCACGUACCCAGGUGCCACAUGUCCCCUUUUUUCAUAAUGCGGUUUUAUAGUUCGUAAUCAGCAAAUUUAACUGGAACUUUCCUGAAUCGUGGCUCACGAACGGGCGCGGCUUACCCAGCCACUUCGCCUUGCUCAAACCCAUGAAAGUCCUCUUCUUCUGUUUCAUAGCUGACUUCGUUGCUUUCAACGCGUCUAGAGUUGUCCGAAAAUUCUAUCGAUGUCUCGGCAUGCUGCGACUGCUGUUGGUUUUCAUCAGUUAUCUUUUUUAGAUGAGCGAUAUUGUGAUCGAAACGCUUCCCAUUAUGUUGAUCCUCAAUGGUUACUCGUGGGCCAGAGCGUGAUACCACCAGAAACUUCUUUGGGUUGAAAGUUGUUUGAAGUUUGUUUCCCGGUAGCAGGUUGCGCAUCAACACCACAUCUCCAGUAUCAAUUGAUGAUCUUCUUGCCUUGCGUCGUAACUCUUCGUUUUCCUACCCUUUUCCUUUCAAUUCUAGAUCUCUGUCUGCAAAAUUUGUUUGAAGAGGGGUGGUCUCGAUGUCUUCUAUUGCUGGUAUCUUUGAGCGAAUUGUCCGAUCAUAUAUGAGCUCAGUUGGUGUACGACCAGUGGUGGAAUGUGGAGUAGUAUGAGCAGCUAAUCAUGGAGAUCCCGCUUUGUAGUCUUUAAUAUUGAAAUAUUUUGGCGUUCAACGAGCCCAUUUUCUUGUGGCCAGUAUGGUAUCGAAUGGUUUAAGUUGAUUCCGUGGGCUUUAGUAUACUCUUCUAGUUCUACUCCUACAAAUUGCUUGGCAUUGUCAAGCGUGAUGGUUCUUGGGUAACCCAGUCGAAUGAAAAUAUUGUCAAGCCUGGCCAGUGUUUCCUGUGCUCAUCGAUUGUUUUACUAAUUGCAAGACACUAUCAGAUAGCACUGAUUCCUCCAGUUCCUGGACAUCAACCGCCGCAGCUUCCAUUACUGCCAAAACCGUAAACUUAUUUUAGGCGUCAAAAUCUUCUACGGUGCUUUUCUGAACCAAACGCGAUAAAGGGUCGGCGAUGUUGUUAAUUCCCUUACGAUACUUACGAUACUCCUCUACCACAAACGAAAAAGAUUGAAGGCGGAGCACCCACCUCUCUAUUCGUGCACAUGGUUUCGAAGUUGGUUUAAAAAUCACCUCAAGAGGUUUGUGAUCAGUUUCUAGUUCAAAUUUUCGCCCUAGAAGAUAUGGAGAAAACCGUUCAACUGCCCAAACCAAUGUAAGCGCUUCCUUUUCGGUUUGUACCGACGUUCUGUUUGUGUGAGACACUUACUAACGAUCGUUAUCGGUGUGGUCAGCAAACUGUACGAGAACAGCGCCUAGAGCAACUGGAGAGGCGUCUGCAAUAACACGUGUACGUAACGAAUUGUCAAAGAACCUCAAAAACUUCACAUUUGCGAUCAUCUGCUUCAAUUUUGAGAAGGAUUAUUGCUGGUCUUUACCCCACGUAAAUUUUGUGCUAGAACAUGUUAGCGCACGAAGUGGUGCCGAAACUGUGCCAAGAUUUGGUAGAAAACGCCCGAUGUAUGUCACAAGCCCUAAGAAACUCCGCACUUCUUGUGGAUUAGAGGGCGUACGGAAAUUCUGAAGCGCAUCAACCUUGCUAGUUGAUGGUUCGAUUCCUUGUGAAGAAACAACAUGGCUCAAGAAUUCUAUUUUCUGUACCUUAAACAUACACUCCAAAUUCAUUUAAGGUGGAUAGUGUUGCUUUGAGGGCUUCGUCAUGUACUAACUCCGUUGCGCCGAAAACCAAAAUGUCAUCAAUAAAAUUGACCGUGUUUUUACUACAUCUGCUUAGUAUCUGCUCGAGUAUUCGCUGGAAAAUUUCCGGAGCUAUGACGAUACCAUACAUUAGUUUCUUGUACCGAAAAAGUCCAAUGUGUGUAAUGAAUGUCGUCAUGUAUCGACUCUCUUCAAGCUCUACUUGAUGGAAAGCUUCCUUUAUGUCGAGUCUGCUGAAAAAUUUAGCCGAUGUAAACCGGGGAAGAAAGUCUUCUAUAGCGGGCAUUUCGUUUCUGUUCACGAAAUUAACACCGUAUGUACUGGGCAAACCCACAAAAAGCAUACGUAAAUCAGUGGCGGUUGCUCUACCCAACAAGCAUUGUAUAACAUAAAAUGUGGCAACCUGAAAAAUUCACACUCAGUUUUCACUACCCUGAUUAUUAGUAUGUACAAUUUACCUUUUCCAUAAGUUUACCAACGUCUUAAACUUCUACGGUUGAUUGAAACACAUCAAGCACUUUCAAAGGCUUUGCUUCUUUCCCAUAUGGCAAGAAAGUUUCGUCGCACUGUUUUCGUUGGUCCCAUAUUUGAACACCGUUUGCGUUUAGGUUGCUCCAAGUUUUUUCGUCUAUCGAAUUUUUCUUACAUCCCGAGUCCACUAACGUUUGAAUCAGCACACCUCUCAGUUUCACUUGGAACAGCUCGUCACCAUCGCCGAUGUUGAAAAUGAAGUUUUGCUCUCUUGAGUCAACUGGCUGUACACUCUGGUUUUGUAUCUCACGUACACGCUUCGAUUUGGAGCGUUUAUUGCGUUCAGUUUCAAUAUCUUCGAAUCUCCUCUUCAGUGGUCUGACUGUACGACAUUGCGUCCAUCAGUUGAGCUUGCUGUUUAACAGAUUUGUUAGAGGUUACAGGAUGCGAGACCGCAUCGAUUUGCAAAGUGUCGUUGCAACAAUUGUUUCUUCAAAUCGUUUGAGGCAAACAAAAUUAUUUUGUCGAUGACACUGAUCGAACGGCUUUCUUAUGCGGUUUUUCCGAAGUCGCAUUUACUUGCCUUUUCUUGGCAACGUAGCAUACACUUACCGAGGGUCUUGUCCGAAUUCGGUUUUAAUGUCCAGAAUAAAUUUCGUUCAAACGUACCGGGGCUGGUACCGAAUGGCCGAAUCACGAAUGGCCGAAAUCCAAACGGCCGAAUUCCAACAACAGUCACAGAAGACCGAAUCAUGAAAGGCCGAAUCACGAAAGGCCGAAUCACGAAAUGCCAAAUUUUCCCGGAAUGCCCAAAUCAUCAAAAAUUUUAUUGCUCAUUUUGUUAGACCUUACACAUUUUGUAUAAAUUUUUACAUCUAUUUCUCUCCGCGAAUUUGAAACAUCUCCUCGAAAAACCUUUAAAAUCUUCCGCUCUAUUGCCUUUUGUUCCACUCGCAGCUCUGCGAUGAUCAGCGUCAAUGAUAGGUGAAGGAAAAAAGCUUUUCGUAAAAUUUUGUACCUUAGAUCCAGAAAAACAAGACAUACUCUGCGUCUAAUUUUUUGGUGUUGGUAGAUAGAUGAUUGAUAGUUUCUUCCCCUAAGCGCGAAUGAUUUACGUUUAUUAUAGGGUGCGAGGCAUAUGCCCAACAUUUGUGCAGGCUGAAGGUCAUGAUUAUUUUCGGCCGAAUAUGACGUUCGGCCAUUCGUGUUUCAGCCUUUUGUGAUUCGGCCGUUCGUGAUUCGGCCCUUAGAUAUAUUAUGCCAUUUGUUAUUUCGGCCAUGUGUGUAUCGGUCAUUAGUAGGUAAUCCACGUACCGUGUUGCUUAGGAGCGAAAUAAGAAUCAAGUUUGUCUAUUGUCACUACGUACGGAUCGAUUCCUUUUUCAGUAUCUUCCGCUACGUCUGCUCCUGGAAUGGAUGCAAAUACAGAGUGCUCCACCUUUUAUGUCGGUAUGAAAACAUUGAAUAACUUUAAGAAAAAACAACCGAUUUUUAUUAGUAAUGCAUUUUUAUUUAGUUUUUUGGUUCCUUAAAAUUUUCUUGGUUUAGUUUUUGAAAACAAUAUCAAUUAAGCGACCACCUUUAUUAGAAAUUACAAAUUGACUCCUUUUUUCCGCGUUUUCCAUUACCUUUUUGAGCAUCUCGGGUGUUAAAGCGUCGAUUUCCGUACGAAUGUUUGCCUUAAGCUCGUCAAUAGUUUUUGGCUGGUUGGCGUAAACUUUGCUUUUCAGAUAACCCCACAAAAAGAAGUCCCGGGGGGGUUAAAUCAGGUGAUCUGGGUGGCCAGUCAACAUCGCCUCUUUUUGACACCAGACGUCCCGGAAAUUUUCGUUGCGGAAAUUGAAUUGUUGAAUUCGCAGUGUGGCAUGGUGCACCGUCCUGUUGAAACCAGUAACCUUCUAGACCUUUUUCGCGCAUUCGUGGGCAAACAUAAUGAGCCAACAUCCACCGAUAUCGAUUUCCAUCGACAGUUUCAUUUUCUUUGAAAAAAUAUGGACCAAUGAUGGGUUUUGGCGCAAAUCCCGGCCCACAAAGUUAUUUUCCGGUCAUGGAAGGGCAUUUCGUGAAUCUCGUGAGGAUUCCCCAAAUGCGGCAGUUUUGCUUUAUGACACCGCCAGAGAGGUUGAAAUUGGCCUCGUCAGUCAUCAAAAGGGUAUUCCAAAAAUUACGCUCAGCGUCAACCAUUCGAGCGACUGUUUGGCAGAAUUUCAGCGCGUUCUUUCGGUAUGAAGCGAUACAUGGCGAAAAUUGUACUGAAAUGACGUUUCCUAAACAUAUCUAAUGAAAGAAAUCGGUUGGGAAAUGUGAAAGUUAUACAGCGUUUACAUACCGACAUAAAAGGUAGAGCACCCUGUACUUCCUGGAGAUCAGAACCAGGGAUUCUUUUCCUUAAUAUCGUCUUGCCCUUUUGUAGUAGUACAGGAAAAAUUCCAUCCCUGCCUGGUGAUUUGAAGGGUUCAAAGGUGCCAAUCGCCCAUUCAACCUUGCUUCUAGUAAAAAUUUUUUUUGGCCAAAGUACAGGCAUCAUCCCUGUUUCUAUCUAUCCCAGUCAUUCCAUUCACUAUUUCAGGAAUAUCUGUCCUUGUUUCAAGAGCUACAGUUCUCGAUGCUGGUGUACCUUGGUUUUCACAAGAGAUAAUCACCCUUAUUCUUGUUUUCCUUCGAAUGAUAUUCGUUCGAAAGUUCAGCCGAUCCGUAUUCUUGUUUUCGUUCGAAUCAAUUCGAACGCCCCUUCCUUUUGUUCAUUCGAAUAUGAGAAUAGUGCUUCCCGAUUCGUUCGAAACAAACUAUUCGUACGAAUGCAGGAUACGGCCGUAAACAAGAAUAAAGGUGAAUGAUGGAACUUGGAAAGUGGGUGCUCAUCAUUAACUCUAACGUUUCAUUUAUAGAGUUGGUAAAAGUGUAGCUCCGCGAAAGAGGAGUAUGUAGACUAAACCGGAACUUUGUUUUCAGUAAAUGUGUUUUAUUCAGAAUUGGAGUUAAACUAAAGAAAAAUUACAACUUUUCUUAUCGACUACCUUAAACUUCUAGCUGUUCGGUUGGAAAUGAAUUUUACUGUCACAUUUAAUGUAGAACAACCUGAACCUGAACCUGAACCUUAUCUGUACCGAAUUUAACUAACUCCUAACACGAAUUCAACUCCCUUAAAACACGAACCUAAUUUUAUCUCUACCAUGAAUUUAACUCCCUACAUCUUUCAACACGAAUCUAACUCCCUUGCCCGCGGUGUUGUCGCCGGUAUUUAUCAUUUAUCGGUAUUUAGAGCCAACCUCUUUUUACAAGGUACCUAGCCCAUUUUAGUGAUUUUUAGCAAGAAUUUUCUGCAAUCUGGCAGUCGAUGAGUAUUUUCUAUGUUUUCACACGCAUGCUUCCAGUGAAUUCUCUUUGAUCUCCGAAUUUCCCUAUUAUAGGCAGUCAGGGCUUGUUUAUAUGUCUUCCACUGUUGUGUCUGUUUGGCCCGGUUGAAUAACUUCCGGGUCUUUCUCCGUGAUUUCUCUAAAGUUUUGUUCCACCAAGGCACAUCUCUGAUGUUCGUAGAGCGUUCCUUUGCGGAACAGCUUUCGAGGUAGGCUUGUUGAAUCAGGCUAGAAACUUGCUUUGAAUUUUCUUCAAGUUCGUUUUGCGUUUUUGAGCAAUCUUUCAAGCUCUUGACUCCAUCCUUAAGUUUUAAAUUAUACUGUUCCCAGUUUGUUUUCCUGGGAUCUCUUAUGAUUUCAGUAUGUUAUUGAUUAGUCUCAUAAUCGAAUAUUAUCUGCUUAUGAUCGGACAAGGAUUUUUCGUCCGAUACAUGCCAGUUUUUUAUUUUAUCAGUCACCGUCGGACUGCACAAAGUUAGAUCAAGUACCUCUUGUCUUAUUGCAUUUACAAAUGUUGGCUUGUUCCCUUUGUUACAUAUAUCUAUUUCAUGCGAUCAUAUGAAAUCUAAGACACUCAACUCUUUUGUUGGUAUCUGUGCUGGCCCACACGGUAUGGUGGGCGUUUGCAUCACAUCCAAUUACGAAUGCUUUGUUAUGUUUCAACCUCUGGAGAAGGUACUUCUCCCACGUUUCCUGGAUGCCAGGUAUUAGUUUGAAUGUAAUUCGCAUCAAAGUUGGUUCUAAUACCUAUGUCGGGACAGUAGACGAUGAUCCGCCGUAGACGAAUGCCACCAUAUUGAUAGUACACUUGUGAGUGCUUACUUCAUUUCACGUCAUGGUCGCAAGCUCAUAACAGUGAUAAUUUAGGACAAGCUUGCAAAAAAUCAGUAAAAUUCAAGACUUUUUAAGAAAAAUUCGCACGCGUUGAUUCUCGCGAUACAAGUCCAAACGAAACAUUACACCGAAGUUACCAUAAUCAGCAUGUCACCUGCCAUCAGAUUGAUAGCCCAGAGAAGUUCAACGCAUUUAGGAACUUUUGAAAGAAAGGAAAAGUGGGUUAGAUAAAAUCAAGUUUAACCCAACAAACAUUUCUGUUGAAUAAUAGCUUAACAAGCGCUUGCUUACUGGAUAUUAGCUGUAUAAUGGAUGAACAAGCUUCUCUUUGAAAAAAAAAAUGUUUGUUGGGAAGUUUUUAAAGCAUCUAUCCAGCCUUGCCAAACAAUGUUUCAAAACAAAAAUGUUAAAUUUUUUACAAAAAUAAUUAGCCCUAAACUGAUUAUACAAUACCCACCUUGUAUUGUGAAAUUUUAUGUCGCAAAAGAAUUUUCUCAAGUUGUGGCUCUCAUUUGAAGUUUUUCGACGCUUUCCUCGUGAUUUUACUUCCAAUCGAAGUAUUUUCAUUUUCUAAAAUCAAAUCCAUUGUGCAAAGUGAACGAAAACGCCAUACAGGAACUGCUGUACUGUUCAGCAGCUUCACCCCAAAAAGUGGAACUCUUCAGAAUCACUUACGUGCAUAAUUAAUUACGAUUAUUUUAACUCAUCACACAGAUUUGGUUCACCAUUUAACCUGAUUUCCUAGUUUCGCAUUUCCCGGAAUGAAAAUGUUUCUGACAGCUAAUCACAUGCAGCCGAAUUCUCACCUCACAGGUUGCUUUGAUGUGUACACGUGGAAAGACAGAAAGCUAUUUAAACUUACCCCUUCAGAAUCUCGCCGUCUUGCAAACAUUUCUGUUCCCGUUUUACUCCUUCCUAUACGCACGAACCGAAAGCCAUCGUUUUUGCUCCGAAGGGGGCCAUACCGCAAACGGAAGCAACUUGUAUCAAUUUCUCAUUCAUCAUAUAACCAAUUCACAAAACAUUGUUAAUCAUAAAGUACUUACUUGAACAACGUGUAGAACGCCACUUGAUGUAAAUAAUUUUAACCUUUUACACUAAUUCUCCUUUCCGGGUUGAACCUCCUGCCAGUCCCAUAUUGUUGCCGUUGCCGGUACAGAAUAAAAUCGAACAAAUUGUUUAAAGGUUACGUUUAGUAGUUCCAUCCUCUGUUUUUUUUCGUGUUUUAACUCUUUGUAUUUGUCAUAAAAUGACCAACCGUAGCGUUAUAUGUUGCCAAAAAAAUUUGAUAGAAAAACAAAAACGGCUCGUUUAACUAAUAAGAGACCUUUUUCUUAAAUACUAAUAAGCUCUUACCUUCUAUAUAAGUGAACUGUGCAUCAGACAAUCUAAUAAGAGAAAAAUGGAGAAAUCGAAACAGUAUCGAUGUUUUGUGAUCGCAACUACUAUGUUACUAAACGAAAAAGAAUAAUAAUAAUUAUCGUGUGUGUAAUUCAUCCAACUCUGGACCAAGUCAGCCCCACGUUUCUUCCCAUGUUGAAUCUGUUUUACAGCGAAAACACAGAGAAAAAAAUAAGAAAUAUUUAGUUACUACCCUAGUCAGAAGAUCGUUUAUUUUAAUUUUGGCUUGCUAUACAUAUAUUUAUCGACUUUGUUAAACGUUUGUUGAUACGUAGUCCAUUUUACCCCAUAAUUAGUUGAUAUGCGGUCUCUUCCCCAGCAAUAAGCAGCAGCAGACGGCAAACUUUCGAAAUCUAAUUUCAUGAAAAAAAACUAUCAACCAAUCAACCAACCUAAUCGAUUCUAUGCAUUUUUGCCAAAUCGCUAAUAUUUAUCUAACAUUUUACUUACAAUCAUAUAAUAGAGACAUUCUCUCUCAGACGGUGUGUCUUUUGUCUUACGUAACGCGUGCAUUUUAAAACUAGAUAUUCCACUACUACACUAGUUUUUUAACAUUUCAUACAAAAAAAAAAAAAACAAACCUCCGUAUAUUUGCUCAUCACACAAACGAAAGGAACUAAAUUGAACAACUCAAUGCUCACACUUUUACCAGGCAAAAAACAAGAAGGUAAAUUAAAAAAAACAUUAACGAACACAAUAAACAUCUCUGCUCCAUUCGGUCGGCGGAGACUGACUCCUGUCGUAUUUUUGAUACCAAACAAAACACAUUCAAGCUCUAAUUCUAGCGUUUUCGACUUUCAAAAGUGACCAGUAUUAAUCGAAUAAUAAACUAAACAACAGCCGAGCAGAGCAGAGCAAAUUUGGUUUGGACUGAGAUAGCUAAACUCUUACUUCUUGGAACAACACAAAAAAAAACAACCUAGCAAAAAACAAAACUAAACUAACAUCAAUCUUGCCAAAUGAGAAAAAAAGAACAAAAAAAAAAUGAUAAUGAUAAAAAAGUAAUAUUAUUGAAAAAUAUUAUAAACAAGUUUUUGGAUGCAUCUAUUUUUACAUGAUAAUAAUCACACUAUGUAAGCUCAAUCAGUAAUAAAGAAAGCAAAAGGAGAAAGCA